AUGUCGCACGCGCGCGCGUGUUCGACAUCAACGCCGUCUGGUGCGCGCGCUCGCGUGCGUCGCGUCGAUCGCGACGCGCGCACGAACGCGGGAAAGCGCGGUGGGGAGGUGUACAAGGAUGGGCGAAAAGCAAACUUCGAUGCGAAGGAUCGAGAGAGCGUGCUCAGCGCGCAGAAUUUGCGGCAGACGUACGAUGGGGAGCGAUAUCAAUUCUUAAACGUCGACGUGGGGCUGUCGGAGGGACAGAAGAUGGCCAUCGUGGGACCGAACGGGAGCGGGAAGUCGACGCUGCUUCAGGUUUUGGGCGGACGCGCUGUGGGGCUCGAGGACGGCGAGGUGUGGCGACGGAAGGGUCUGCGGGUGUGCUUCGUGGAUCAAGAGCCAGCAUUUGACCCCGAACUCACAGUUUUGGACGCGGUGUACACGAGUGAUACGCCGGUGAUGCGGGCGUUGCGGCGGUAUGACGCCGUUGUCGCGGCGGCGGCACGUGGAGAGCUGGACGAGCCGGCGAUGUCAUCCGCGAUCGCGGAUAUGGACGCCCUGAGCGCGUGGGAUUUGGAAGAGAAGACACAAAUGGCACUCAAGAAGCUCGGCUGUGACGCGUUCUUGGAGAAUAAGAUGGGCGAACUUUCUGGCGGUCAGCGAAAACGCGUCGCCCUGGCGGCGGCGCUCGUGGAGACACCAGAUCUGCUCAUUCUUGACGAACCGACAAAUCAUUUGUCAGUCGAAGGCGUUGAAUACUUGGAAGAACAACUUCAGAAUCCCAAGCUCACCGUGCUCUUGGUGAGUCACGAUAGAAUGUUCAUUGACAACGUCUGUCAAGAUAUUUUGGAGCUUGAUGGACGAGGGGGCUCGUAUAGACACAAGGGCGGUUACUCAACAUUCCUGGAGCAACGUGCAGUGAGAUGGUCUACGGAGGCGCAACAAUUGCAAGCGGCUAAGAACUUGUUCAAGAAGGAGCAAGAGUGGAUGCGUAGACAACCGCAAGCUCGAUCGACCAAACAGAGGGCUCGCAUUGAGCGUUUCUCUGAUUUGACGUCCCGCGUAAACUACAGAGGAACGAAAACGAAAGCGAUUGAGCUCGGCGAAGUUUCUUCGUCCCGAAUGGGUGCUAUUAUCGUUGAAUUCGAUGACGCACACCUGAAAUUCGGCGAAAAGAAUAUACUGGAUGGAUUCACAUAUGCAUUUAACAAGGGUGAAAAAAUUGGGUUGGUUGGACCGAACGGUGCGGGCAAGACGACACUCAUCAAAACCAUGCUGGGAGAGAUAGCGCUUGAUUCGGGCUGGGUCUCUGUCGGUGAGACGGUUUCGUUCGGCUACUACAGUCAAAUGGCGACAUUCAGAGAUCCGUCGCAACGGGUCAUUGACUACGUCAAGGAGGUCGAAGGCGAAGCCAAGGAUCUGAUUGGUGGUUUCGCUGGCCAAAAGUUGAGCGUCUAUACCCUACUGGAACGAUUCAACUUCACUGAUGGUAGACAGGCGGUCCAAAUUAGUUCUCUGAGCGGCGGAGAACAACGACGGCUCCAGUUGCUCACUGUCUUGGCGCUAUGCCCGAACUUCUUAAUCCUCGAUGAGCCGACGAACGACUUGGAUUUGGAUACCAUCGAGGCGCUGGAAGACAUGUUGGUUGAUUUCGAUGGCUGCGUCCUGAUCGUCAGUCACGACCGGCAGUUUGUGAAUAACUUGGCAGAUCACAUCUUCGUGUUCGACGGCAAGGGAGGCAUCAGUGACUGGUCCGGCUCGUACACAGAGCUUCGCGAAUACGUCAAAGAGCAAGAGCAAGCCGCCAGCGAGAAAGAAAGUGGCGUGAAGAAAGCAGCAGCAUUUUCUAGUGAAGAAGAAAAAGAAGCCGCCAAGGAAGAGGAGAAGCGUCAACGUGAGCUCUUGCGAGAGGCGCACAACGCUCCGGGCAUAAUAGCCAAGAUUGAAAAAGCCUUAGAGGUUUUGGAUCGAGACAUCACCGCCUUCGACGAGCAACUUCUCCUAGCAGGUUCAAACGUCGCCAAGGCUCUAGAAAUUCAAAAGGAAAAAGACGCAAAAGUGGCUAAGCAAGAGCUUUAUUACGCCGAGUGGGAGCGCCUGGAAGCAGUCCUGGCUGAAGCACAAGAGCUGGGGGCCAAGACCGCGUAG